UUGUGGGAAGCUGAUAAGAUGGCCGCGUCGGUGUUGGAGGUGGUGCUGAGCUGCGAUGCCGGGGGUUCUCUAUGGAACUGCAAUGUCUGGGAGCCGCGCUCGGGGACCUCGCUCACCACCUAUCGUGGCGGCAAUACCUCGGCUCGUGGCCUGUGUACUCUCGCUGGCGAGUACCUCCUGGGAGCUCAGCUCGGUAAGAACUACAUCAGCGUGUGGGAGCUGCAGAGGAAGGAUCAGCUUCAACAGAAGAUCAUCUGUCCCGGAGUUGUGACUUGCCUUGCUGCAUCACCUAAUGGACUUCAUGUUACAGCUGGGAUUGGAGAGAGCAUCUACCUGUGGGAGGUUUCUACAGGAAAUCUCCUGUUGACACUGAACAGACAUUAUCAGGACCUGACAUGUAUUCGCUUCACUGAUGAUAGCAGUCACUUAAUCUCAGGAGGGAAGGACAAUCUUGUGCUGGUGUGGAGUCUGUGCAGUGUCUUGCAAGUCAACUUUGGUCAUGUGCUUGAACCUCGAUAUGUCUGGUCUCGCCAUUCUUUGCCAGUGACAGACAUACACUGUGGAGUUGGAGGUCCCUUAUCUCGUGUUGCAACAGCAUCUCUCGAUCAAACUGUUAAACUUUGGGAAUUAUGCUGUGGAGAACUCCUGAUGUCUGUAUUGUUUGACGUUGGAAUCAUGUCUGUGAGCCUCGAUCCUUGUGAAUAUUGCCUGUUCUGUGGAGGCAACGAUGGAUCCAUAUUUCAAGUCAACCUGUUCACUGAGCCUGAUUUGAGGGAGAAGAACUUUCAGGUUGACAAAGAUGGCAGUCAAAUUUUCAAGGGACAUCGAAAUCAGGUGACUUGUCUGUCGGUCUCCAUGGAUGGAACUUUGCUAAUUUCAGGAUCGCAUGAUGAGACUGUGAGACUGUGGGACAUUCAAAGCAAGCAGUGCCUGAGAACGAUCAGUCAUAAAGGGCCAGUGACAAACGCCUUCCUGAUGGUUGCCUCAGCCAACAUGUUUAACCCUGACAGCAGGCCCAGUCUAAGUCUCCCAAAGUUUAGCAGAUAUUUACACAGUUCAGAAAUUACAGAAAAUGAAGAGGGAACUGCUAUCAUGCUAUCUCUUCAGCACAACAAGAAGGAGACUCAGGAAAGUUAUCUCAAAAAGGCUGAGGAGUUAUAUACUGUUAUGUGUGCUGCUGCAGAUAAGCAUAUGCUGGGAGAUGGCGAGAACACAAAAAUGAGAGUGGCUGAGCUGGAAGACGAAGUGAAGACAUUGAAGAAAAUCAAUAGAGAUUUGUAUGAUUUUUCAGUGCAAAUUCUGACCAAACAGACAUAAGUGAAGAAAAGAGAAAUACUGCAAAUUAUGAAGCACCUAGUGUCAGAUUUCUGUUGGUAUUGUUAUAAUACCUUUCAUUAGCCUUUAUAUAAUGAACUGGCGUAUUGAAACAUUUCUAAUUGUGGUCCCACUUAUGCAUCUGUUUAACUGAUUUGUCAGAGGUGUUUAUGUUCUUGUUUCUUCUUGUUUACACAUAGUCACAUCAAGUUAAGUCAGAUGUUUCUUUAACUGCUUUUAAACUGUACUUGUUGGCCUGUUAACAAUCUUGAUUCCAAAUACACGGGUCCGAUUUUCCAGAUUCAUAAAACGUUUGGAUUAGGAGACCCAGUUGAUAACCUGGAUCUUCCUGGUGACUUUUAUUUUGGAGAGGAUAUUGCGUUCACCUUUGUUUGGAUUGUCAUUUUCAGAAUCUGUUUGUAAAUGUAAUAGCACUGUACAUAUGAAUUCCACAUGCGGCCUCUUGAACCCUGUUUGUACUUCGAAGUUUUCUCCAUAGGUUUGUGCUGUUUGAAGCUUAUGAACUUGAAGACUCGGGAAGGUUUGUUUGCCCAUCACCUAGCAGGGUUUAAGAUCUGUUAUCUAUAAAGGAAACAUGGGUUUAAAUCUUAUAUGUGGCCAGAGGCUCAAUGAUACACACGUUCUCUCUUAUAGUCAGAAAGUUUGGACAUUCAGGUGUUAACGUAAUAAUUCCAAAUUCUCUGCAGUUUUUGAAGUAUUUGGUAUCUCCUAUUCCAUUUGUCCUGUUCGCCCGCUCAAUCCUCUGUCAUCUGAGUUAAAAAUGUUGUUGUAUAUGGGUCAUCCUGGAAUUCUUAUUGGUCUUAUCCUAACUCUUGUGGUUUCCCCUCUUCCUGUGGGAAAAUCACUGGCAUAAACCCACGUCCCAUUUUGGGCAUUCCAGUUUGUGAUCAUCAACCAAGACAACAAUUGGAGUUGCAAAGUCUGUGCAGUUACUGGAGUAACUGAUUUGAUUCUGUGGUACAAGUGACACAUUCUUGGCUUUUGUUAUUAUAAUUUUAAUUGUUAUUUAUGUCAAUCUGACUGUGGUUUGAUUGACAGGAGCAUUUAGAAUCCCAUCCCCUGGCAUGGUGUAUUUGCAUUCUACCCUGUGCCUCAUAUUUGAGUAGUCUAUUCUAUCUUGUGUUUGUGGGAACUUUGUACAUAUUUGGAACGUUUGACAUUUUUAAAAUAAAUGUUUUGCAGUAACU